AUGCCCAUCGCACCCCCGCCGCCCGCGGAGUCCACCGCCUCCCAUGAAUCCUUCGACGUCAUCGACGGCGCCGACUCAUCCGGGGCCCGCGAUAACUCCCAUCAGAAUGACCGGGACCCAUGGAUACCACAAACCUACCACCCCGCGCCCCUGCACGCGCUCCUCGUCCUCUUAUCGAUCGUCGGUGUGCUGAUACGCGUCGGGUUGUUGCGGUUGCAUGAUUAUGCUGGUGCGCCGGUAUCGAAUGUGGUGUAUCCCCAGAUUGUCGGGUGUGUUGUUAUGGGCUGGUUGGCGGGGAAUAAGAGGGCUAUUAUGGAAUGGUAUGCCUCUGAAACGGGUUUCGCGUUAUUGAGGGUGUGGGUGAAUGACGUUGGGUGUGACCCCGUGUACGGUUAUGCGGUACGUUCCCCUCCAUCGCAAUCCACCUUGGCCCCAAUCGAGAGCAACAUCUUGAAAGAUGUGGACCCCCCACCAGGUUCCAUAACAACAUUCUCAACCUGGAGUCUGGCAACCUUCACCGAGCUCGCGAACCUACAAACAAAGCCCAGGACAGUCGGGCAGGAUAUCCUCGCGGCCCUUGCAAUCACCCUCCUCUUGACAUGCCUCGCCCUCUCCAGCAUCGCUUUCGGCGAACACCUCGCAACCCUCCCCGCCCUCUCCCUCCCCAUCCCCUCCCCUUCCCGGCGGGACAUCAAGUUCGUCCCAACACGCUGGGGGGAUACGAAAUCCCUCCACGCGCGAGAUCUAUGCGUCCUCGCCUGCGGGGCCGUCGUCUGGCUCGCGGUGGCCGUGGCGUGUGCGAAGGAUACGGGGGGGCGGGUGAACGGGUUCGCGGCGUUGGUUGGGCCCUUCGGCACGUUGCUGCGGUUCCACUUGACCCCUCUGAAUGCCCGCACACCGGUCCCGCUAGGGACGUUUGUCGCGAAUGUGGCGGGGACGGCGCUGAUCGGGGGGUCCUACGUGGUGUCGCAUCUGACAAGGUCGGUAUCGCCCACAUGUUGCGCGUUUGUGGUCGGCGGGUUGAUGACGGGCUUUUGCGGGUGUUUGACGACGGUGUCGACUUGGGCGGUUGAAGUGAGGGGCUUGGUGGCGGUGGGUGAGGGCGGGAAGGCGUAUGGGUAUGUUGGGGCGAGUGUUGUGGGCGGGCUCGGGGUGUUGGGGGUGCUGGUGGGGAGCGUGUGGUGGGCUGGGGGGGUGGUGGAAGUUGGGCAGUGUGCAGUUACAUGA